UUAAUCCUCCUUUCCUCCCUAAUUUCUCUCUAUCAUCACCCUGUGCUACUCCAUUCUAAUGCUUUCAUAACAAAAUUGCCCGGCCGGUCUCAUCCUUUCGGAGGGUAAUGGCUGCUGCUGUCAAUUUCUCCGGCCAGGCCCCACGGCCACAUAUGUGCUCCAAAGCAGUGGCAAGGCACCCCCCUGGCAUCUUGCCCUGCAAAGAAACUUGUCAACUUAAGAACAACGGCUUGAGAACACUGCAGCAUGGCCUUCAUGUUGGAAGGAAGGCAGAAAGUAGACUGUUCAGUGACCGAUCACCCGUUAUCGUUAUGUCAGCAAAUAGUCAUUCAAUUUUCAAGUCAAAUUCAUCAUCUCCAUCAGACACAAUCAACCAAUUUUACACAAGCAUCAAUGAGAAGAACUUGAAGCAACUAAGUGAAUUCAUAUCAGAAGACUGUUAUAUUGAGGACUGCUCCUUUCCUCAACCAUUCCAUGGAAAAAAGGAUAUUAUGCAUUUUUAUGAACAACUUACUGCAUCCAUGGGUCAGAAUGUGAAGUUCAGCAUUGGACAUGUUUGUGAAGGAGAUGAAUUUACAGCUGGAGUAAAAUGGCACUUGGAAUGGAAACAAACAGAGAUCCCCUUCACCAGAGGCUGCAGCUUCUUUGAGUGCUCAACAGAAGGAGAAAGAAUAACCAUCAAGAAAGCGCAAGUUGUUAUUGAAUCACCAAUCAAACCAGGAAUCUUUGCUCUGAUUCUGUUCAAGACAGUGACAUCACUAUUUGAUGAUUUCCCAAGGAUCACUGAAUGGUUCCUAAAGAGUCCCCAUGUCAUAUUUCAAUUUAUAAUGAAGAUUUACAACAUGCUUGUGGCGCCUUUUUUCAAUCCAAUACUAACAGGCUACAUAAAUAUUGGGAAUGUCAUGACUCGGUUUCUUUUCUUCACAUUUAACAUUCUGCGCUACAUUUCUAAAAUCUUCUUUAAGUAGAGAACAUUGAAAAUAAAAGUUCCAUUUCCCCGUCAAGGCUAGCAGUAAAGGAGUGGCUUCAGAUUACCUGUCAGUCAUCAUUGCCGUCACGACUAGACCACGUAUCAAACAAUGAGAGAGCGACCAAUGGUCCAAGAACAGGUGGCAGUCGCGGUGGCCUGCUUAAGGCAACAAUAGGAUCAUUCUUUUCUUUUGUAACUGGCCCUUCUUCCCCAGGAUUAUUGUUCCCUUGUUUCUUUGGUGUUGAAGUGGCCACAGCACCUGAUUCAAUAACAUAUUAUUGUAAGAUAAAAGGAAAUUUAUUAAUUUAAAAUACAAUUGCAAUCUU